UUUACGUGUGGCUGCCGCGCGUUUUUGCCGACGCGUUUUUAAUCGCCAUUCAACAGAAAGUGUAUCUUGAAGAUGCACUAGGACCUGGUAGUCCAAGCAGCCUGAAGAUGCCUCAGCGAACGCCCAGUCCCGCGGAGUCCGAGAUAUCGGUGGGUUCACCCAGUCCUCCGCCGCCCAUGAUGAGAUCCUUGAGCAUGAAGCGUUUGAGGCUCCUAAGGAGUCCAGUGCCCAAGUCUUCGCCGGCUCGCAUCAAGAGCUUUUCCAUAGCCGAUAUCCUGGGACGUGGAAGGGAUGAAGAGCCUGCAGAUACAGCUCCAAAUGUGGCAGCUCAGCCGCCGGGUGUACCUUCUCCUGCUCCUGCUCCUGUCCCAGCUGUUGCUUUGCCCGCUGCUCCACCCGCUGCACUGCAUCCUUUUCUGUCUCCCGCCCUGCUGCACAGCUAUGAGCAGCGCCUGGCCUGGGACUAUCAGCGUCAGCUUCAGGAACACUUCCAUGCGCAGGCCCAGGCGCACCUGCUGCGCCAAAUGAGCCAACUAAAUCCCGCACUGAUCAUUGCCUCCGAGGAUGGCAGCUCCGAGAGAUCGCAGCGUUCCAGUAGUAGCAGCAGCAGCAAUGGCAGCAGCAUCGAUUGCUGCAGUCCCCCAGGGCAGGCGGAGAAGCAACCAACUCCAGAGGGAGAUAGCCAAGGAGUGUCCAAGAAGAAGUCAGAGGAGGCGCCUGCGGCAAAAGGUGAUAAACCCCCAGCUGGAGAUACCCCGCUCGAUGCUCUGUUCCAGUUGUCCACCAAGAACUUUGAUGAGGAGCAGGAUCCCGCCACAUUGAAUAUAUUCGCCACGCGAUCCAAUCCAAAGAAGAAACGCAAGUCCCGCACUGCAUUUACCAACCAGCAGAUCUUUGAGCUGGAGAAGCGCUUCCUAUACCAAAAAUAUCUUUCGCCAGCGGAUCGGGAUGAGAUUGCCGGCGGCCUGGGCCUUUCCAAUGCACAGGUGAUUACUUGGUUCCAAAACCGACGUGCCAAACUCAAGCGCGACAUGGAGGAACUGAAAAAGGACGUGCAAAGCGUGAAACUACCCGACCAGUCAGCAGAUCGCAAUCGCUUGCGCCACCCACAGACGCAUAGCGGUAUCGGAACGGAUAAGGAUCGCGACAAGGACAAGGACAAGGACAAGGAGGAGCUGCGAAUGCUGAAGCUAAUGACUUUGAUGCGUUACUCUGAUGGCAAGCUGCUAUAUCCGCAGCCACCAACUGCAUCAGCACCAAAUAUGCCACUUCCACUCAUGCAACGCAGUGAUUAGCUUACUUUGUAAAUUAUCGAACGGCUUAAACUCUCAUUUAAUUUGCCAAAAAAGUGAAGUAAUAAUAAGAAGAGAAACACAAUAUCUCUUGAUUUUCCUAACUGAAGUAUUACAUUUCAUAUUUGAUUUUUAAUCCAUGAAAAGGUAUGAAAGGCACUGCACAUUAAACCACAACAUAAUAGUAAACAAACUCAAUGUACUUUAAUUUGUAUUGUGCUUAAGUCAACUAUGUGUAAUAUUAUAUGUAUAUCCUAGUA